UUCGGCAUGUACUCGGCUGACGAGAUCAGGAAACUCAGUGUAAAAGCCAUAACAAACCCUCAGUAUUUGGAUAAUGUGGGGAAUCCAGCUGUUAAUGGACUGUAUGACCUGGCUUUGGGACCUCCAGACUCCAAAGAAGCAUGUGCAACUUGCAUGCAGACCUUCAGCAACUGCCCGGGGCACUUUGGCCACAUAGAACUACCCCUCACUGUCUAUAACCCUCUGUUUUUUGAUAAAUUAUACCUUCUAAUUCGCGGUUCUUGUUUGAACUGUCACAUGCUGACGUGUACUCGAGCUGUGGUUCACUUGCUGCGAAGUCAGCUGAAGGUUCUGGAGAGAGGGUUGCUUCAUGCAGUCCAUGACCUUGAAGUCAUCCUGAACAGGUUUCUAGAGCAAAAUGCAGAUGCAACAGGCCUAGAAAUUGAAGAAGAGUUAAAUCGCCAUGUUCAUGAAAUACUACAAAAUAAUCAACUAGGAGAUCAAUGUUCCAAUGUAAAAAAUGUAUGUGAAUGCAAGAAUAAACUGAUAUCACAGUUCUGGAAAGCACAUAUGACUUCAAAAAAAUGUCCAAACUGCAAAUCUAGGAGAUCACUAGUGCGAAAAGAGCAUAACAGCAAGCUGACAGUAACCUAUCCUUCCACAGUAUAUCAGAAGUCAGGAGAGGAAGGCAGCCUAGAAGAGCCAGCAGUUAUUGAUGAAACCCAGUUAGGCAAGAGAGGAUAUCUAACCCCAAUGACUGCCAAAGAGUACAUCCUGUCUCUGUGGAAGAAUGAAGGUUUCUUUUUGCGUUAUCUCUUCCCUGGUAUGGAUAAUCAUGGCAGUACAGGAUUCAGUCCAGAUCUGUUUUUUUUAGAUCUUCUUGUGGUUCCACCUUCAAGGUACCGUCCCAUAAAUCGUCUCGGAGAUCGGAUGUUCACAAAUGGGCAGACUGUGAACCUGCAGGCUGUCAUGAAAGAUGCACAAAUGAUACGGAAGCUCUUGGUUUUCAUGGCAAAAGAACAAUGUCAGCCAAUAAAAAUAACAGAAAAUGAAAUCCAAACAGAGACAGGUGAGCCUGAUGAGCCUGUGGACCGUUCUGUCCUGUCCAUGAUUUCGGGACAGACCAUUGCAGAUAAGCUGUACAAUGCUUGGAUUCGUCUUCAGAGCCAUGUCAACAUUGUGUUUGAUAGUGACAUGGACAAGCUAGUGACAGAAAAAUACCCUGGGAUUCGUCAGCUAUUAGAGAAAAAGGAAGGUCUGUUUCGCAAGCAUAUGAUGGGAAAACGUGUGGACUAUGCUGCUCGAUCCGUCAUUUGCCCUGAUAUGUACAUUGGUACGAAUGAGAUUGGCAUUCCCAUGGUAUUUGCUACCAAACUGACUUACCCUCAGCCAGUCACUCCCUGGAAUGUCAAGGAGCUGAGGCAGGCUGUCAUUAAUGGCCCAAAGGUUCAUCCUGGGGCCUCCAUGGUCAUUAAUGAAGAUGGAUCUCGUACAGUGUUGAGUGCCAGUAGCCUGACCCAGAGGGAAGCCAUAGCUAAGCAGCUCCUUACUCCUUCCUCAGGUGCUCCCCAGUCAGGAUUGAAGAUUGUGUGUCGUCAUAUUAAAAACGGAGGUCACAGACCCUCCAUCCAGGCUCACCGGGCCAGGAUCCUGCCCGGAGAGAAGGUGCUGAGGCUUCACUACGCCAACUGCAAGGCCUACAAUGCCGACUUCGACGGCGACGAGAUGAACGCCCAUUUUCCCCAGAGCGAGCUGGGCAGAGCCGAGGCCUACACCUUAGCCUCCACGGACGAGCAGUACCUGGUUCCAAAGGAUGGCAAACCACUUCCUGGCUUGAUCCAAGAUCACAUGAUUUCUGGUGUCAGCAUGACAAUCCGGAGCUGCUUUUUCACACGGGAGCAAUAUAUGGAGCUUGUUUACCGAGGCCUAACAGACAAAAAGGGAAGAAUUAAAAUCUUUCCACCUGCCAUUAUGAAGCCACAGCAAUUAUGGACAGGAAAGCAGGUUGUUUCUACAUUGUUAAUAAACAUUAUUCCAGAAAACCAGAUCCCACUGAAUUUGACUGGGAAAGCUAAGAUUGGUGGAAAAGCCUGGGUGAAAGGGCCUGCAAAAAGAUGUUUGGAAACUAAUCUUGAUUCAAUGUGUGAAUCUCAGGUUAUUAUUAGGAACGGGGAGUUGCUGUGUGGAGUCUUGGACAAAGCUCACUUCGGCAGCUCUGCCUACGGCCUCGUCCACUGUUGCUACGAAGUCUACGGGGGGGAAACUAGUGGGAAAGUGCUAACGUGUCUGGGACGCCUCUUCACUGCUUAUCUGCAGCUCUACAGGGGAUUUACAAUGGGGAUUGAAGAUAUCUUGGUUAAACCUGAAGCAGACCGCGAAAGACAAAAAAUUAUUGAAAAAUCAACUCAUUGUGGUAUUGAAGCUGUGAGAGCUGCGCUUAAUUUGCCAGAAACAGCAUCAUGUGAUGAGGUCCAAGGGAAAUGGCAGGAUGCCCAUCUCUGCAAAGACCAGAGGGAUUUUAACAUGGUUGAUCUGAAAUUCAAGGAGGAAGUAAACAAUUACAACAAUCAAGUUAACAAGGUUUGUAUGCCUCUUGGUCUCCAUAGGAGCUUUCCAGAGAACAAUUUGCAGUUGAUGGUGCAGUCGGGAGCCAAAGGAUCUACUGUAAAUACGAUGCAGAUUUCCUGUUUGCUGGGCCAGAUUGAGCUGGAAGGUCGAAGGCCCCCACUGAUGGCAUCUGGCAAAUCGCUGCCGUGUUUCCAGCCGUACGAUUUUUCCCCAAGCUCAGGGGGAUUUGUGACCGGCAGAUUUCUCACUGGGAUCAGACCCUCUGAAUUCUUCUUUCACUGCAUGGCUGGCAGGGAGGGUCUUGUGGAUACAGCUGUCAAAACCAGCCGAUCUGGAUACCUUCAAAGGUGUAUCAUAAAGCAUCUGGAAGGGCUGGUGGUUCAGUAUGACCUCACUGUACGUGACAGCGAUGGCAGCGUGGUGCAGUUUCUGUAUGGAGAAGAUGGCCUUGAUAUCCCCAAAACUCAGUUCCUGCAACCGGAGCAGUUUCCUUUCAUUGCUGAGAACUAUGAGGUGAUCCAAAAAACAAACCAUCUGGAUGAAGCUUUAGCAAAGAUGGAGUCUCACCAAGCUAACCAACAGUUCAAAGCCAUCAAAAAGUGGCGAGCCAGGCACCAGCAAACCCCUGUGCAAAGAGAAGGAGGUUUUCUGUUGUAUUCCCAGAAGAAAAUGGCGAGGAUAAAAGCACAGAUUCCUGCUGGAGCCAGCAAAAAUGGAAGAGAUCCUGCUACUUUACAGUUAUUAAAGAUGUGGUAUGAACUAGAUGAGAAGAAACGAAGGAAAUAUCAAAAGAAGACAACUAAGUGUCCUGAUCCAAGCCUUUCUGUCUGGCGUCCAGAUACUUACUUUGCAUCCGUUUCAGAAACGUUUGAAAAUGGAGUCGACAAUUACAUCAAGAAAUGGAAAUCUGAGAACCAAGGGUGCUACACGCAACCAGCAUUUUCUUCUGAUAGGUUAAAGGAUUUGUUGUAUUUAAAGUGGCAACGAUCCCUAUGUGACCCAGGAGAAGCCGUGGGUCUCCUUGCAGCCCAGAGUAUUGGGGAGCCUUCCACACAGAUGACUUUGAACACUUUCCACUUUGCUGGCAGAGGUGAAAUGAACGUCACGUUGGGCAUUCCAAGGUUGCGGGAGAUAUUGAUGGUAGCCAGUGCAAAUAUUAAAACACCAAUGAUGAGUGUCCCUGUGUUAAAUACCAAGAAAGCUCACAAGAAGGUGAAACAGCUUAAGAAGAGGCUGACAAGAGUGUGCUUAGCUGAGGUCUUGCAGAAAGUUGAGAUGGAGGAAUCUCUGCACUUGAGGGAGAAGCAUAACAAACAUCGCCUCUACAAAAUCAAAUUCCAUUUCUUGCCCCAUGAAUGUUACCGAGAGGAGAAAUGUGUGAAGCCCAAGGACAUCUUGUACUUCAUGGAAACAAGAUUCUUUAAAAUCUUGCUGGAAACGAUUAAAAAGAAGAGUGCAAAGCUGGAAUCUUUCACUGAAGUUAGUGCCCGGAAAGCAACUCGGAAGGAUUUAGAUGGUGACCAUGACCAGGUAUUAAAUAAUCAGGAAGCUCCAGAAGAUGAAGAAAAGAUUGUUGAUGCAGAAGCUGAUGAAGGAGAUGGUGAUGCUACAGAAGCAAAGCGGAGGAAGAAACAGGAAGAAGAGGUUGAUUAUGAGAGCGAAGAAGAGAAUGGGGAUGAACAGGCUGGUGAGAACCCAGAAGAGGAGGAGGCUGAAUCAGAGAAAGAAGAAAGGCCUCAAACUGCUGAAGGAGGAGAUCAAAAUGGAGCAGAGGGUGAUGAUUCUCAACAUCUUUCCUUUAUGUCUCAGAAGAAAAAGGAGAGGGAUCGAAUAGUUAAAUCAGCGGCGUUACGAGUAAAUGCUGUCCUGAGCAGCCACCCAUCAGUACAGGAUUACACAUUUGAUACAGAAAAUGAACUCUGGUGUGAGGUUUCCCUGACCCUUCCUUUGAUGAAGGUGUACUUCGACCUCACCUCCUUGCUGGUGACUCUUGCCCGAAACACAGUUAUUCAUGAGAUAAAGGGGAUCACACGAUGCUUGCUGAAUGAAAACACCAAUAGUGAAGGAGAGAAGGAGCUUGUUUUACAUACUGAAGGGAUAAACCUUGCAGAACUCUUCAGAUACUCUGAUGUUUUGGACUUGAACAGACUUUAUUCCAAUGAUAUUCAUGCCAUGGCUAAGAAUUAUGGUGUUGAGUCAGCCCUGAGGGUUAUUAUAAAGGAAAUAAAAGAUGUGUUUGCUGUAUAUGGCAUUGUGGUAGACCCUCGGCACCUUUCCCUGGUGGCAGAUUACAUGUGUUUUGAAGGAAUUUAUAAACCACUGAAUCGUUUUGGAAUUCAGUCCAACUCUUCCCCUCUGCAACAGAUGACGUUUGAAACCAGCUACAAAUUCUUGAAGGAAGCAACAAUGAUGGGUGCCUAUGAUGAACUGAGGUCUCCUUCUGCAUGCCUAGUGGUUGGAAAAGUUGUUAAAGGAGGGACUGGUUUGUUUGACCUCAAGCAACCUCUUACAUAAUGUUUUGUUUGUAAUUUAAGGAUUAGGAUUAAAAUGCUCAGCAUAAAAUAUAAACAUGCCCUG